AUGGCGAAUGUGGGCGCUGGGGAAGCAAGGGACCCAAAUUCAGGGCCCAUACUGGGAGGCUUACAUUCCCGUUUUCGGGCUACUGCCCUCAGGCUUGAAGGGUGUUAUUGUGGGGUGGUGCUUCGCUGCGUGCAAUUCUUCCUCAACUACGCGCAACGUGAGAGAGAACUCUGGCAACAGGUUGACGCAAGGUUUGCGGCUGCUGAUCAGCAAGCUGUAAGGUGCCGAGAGCUUCUUCGUGGCAGCACUCAGUUGGCCAGGGAGAGUCACUUGGACGCGAUCUUGACGGCGAAGGAUACGAUCGAGAGUUGCCUGUUUCAGAGCAAGGAUGCAGCAGCCGUGGGAUUGACUUUGGCACAGUGCCGUUCAGUUGAGAGGGCUUACAGGGCCAUGUUUGAGAACUCAACCCUAUUCCGUUCCUGGGAGAGCAGCGAUCUUCCAGGUGCUCUUGACGUGAAGGACUUGGUGGACGGGAUGUUCGCUACGGUCCACACAGCCAUCGCACCAGCAGUGGGUACUGUUCCAAACCAUUUGCCCGAGGCACGUCAAAUCCAGGAGCUUUCCGAACUUCUGCAGGAGGUACUCGCCAGGACCUAUCUGCAAGGGAUCACAGAGGAGAUUUGUCGUGGUUUACAGGGCGAAGCAAAUCGUUUGGAAGCAGAAAUUGAGAGAAGCUAUCAGGAGGUGCGACGUCGUGCUCACGACACCCCCUUCAACUACAUCGUGCGGGAUGAGAACUGCUAUGAGCGAUGGGCUGCAGAAUCGAUGCCUCUGCACGGUUUCCGGAGUGACGCGGACGACCCGUACAUGGUUGUCAAGGGCAGGUUUGUGGGAGAGCAUCUGCGGCCGCAACUUCGGUUGUUUUACAGGCGCCGGGAGAUCUACCGAGACCUUCGGCACCACGGACGACCAGUCUUUACUCAAGCACUGCCUGAAGUCCACUAUAAGGAUAGGAGCGUGCAUGGUUGGCCACGAGUGCGUUCCGGAGGAGCCCUUCCAGCGAACAAUAGAUUGCGCUAG